UAUCUUCAAACCUGGCAUCUCUGCUACUCACAAAAUCCCUGUUAGCUGUCAUAACAAGACGUCACGAAUCGGUACUCAAUCGAAGCAGUGAAUACCGUGAAUACCCCGAAAUAGGCGGUUGUAUACAUUGCAGGAAGGAUGAGUAAUUUAAAUGACCAACGACAAUCUGCUUCAACCGAAGCCGAUGGUUCGAUCUCAUCGGACGAAGAGCUGGAUCAGCAGCCACAAAACACCGCAAAUGAAUCACCGGCGAAAAUGGAAGAUGUUAUUACUAUCGACCCGGAAGCGACGGAUGUCGAUUUGAAUCAUGGUCGUGUCGGGAAAAUUGAAAAUUUGGAACCUCUCGUUAAAUUGGAAAGGCUCUAUAUGCGAUGGAAUCUGAUAAAAAAGAUUGAAAAUCUUGACCACCUCACAACACUCCAGGAACUGGAGUUGUACGACAACCAAAUUACGGUACUGGAGAAUCUGGAUAAUUUGACCAAUCUGGAGAUAUUGGAUGUCAGUUUCAACCGUGUGCACAAAAUUCAAAACCUGGACAGUCUGCCGAAACUUCGAAAACUGUUUUUGUGCUCCAACAAAAUUACUACAAUCGAGAAUCUUAAUCACUUGAGUAAUCUGACCAUGCUGGAGUUGGGCGACAACAAAAUAAGGAAAAUUCAGAACAUCGAUGCGCUUACCAAUCUAACCCAUCUCUAUCUGGGAAAGAAUAAAAUCAAUAAGAUUGAGAAUCUAGACAAUUUGGUCAAAUUAGAGUGCCUUAGUCUGCAGAGCAAUAGGAUCGUCAAGAUAGAGAACCUGAACAAGUUGGUCAACCUAACUGAAUUGUACGUAUCGGAAAAUGGGAUUGAAACAAUUGAAAAUCUGGAAGAUAACAAACUUUUGGAAACGUUGGAUGUGGCGAAAAAUCGCCUCAAGAUAAUCGAAAAUAUUGAUCAUCUGCAAAAUUUGGAUGAACUUUGGAUGAAUGAUAAUAAUAUAGCUGAUUGGAGCUGCGUGAAUGUGCUGUCCCAAAACAAGAAAUUGGCAACGGUUUAUUUGGAGCGAAAUCCAAUUGCAAAGGAUGCCACUUAUCGCAAGAAGUUGAAGCUUGCGGUUCCAUGGCUUACGAAAAUCGAUGCAACGCUAUGUCGCUGAAGAGCUUAUCAUUGGUAUUAACUGCUAGAUGGAAUGGAAUAUUAAACAAUGAACAUAUCUACAUCUUCCGUAGAAAUUCAAACACCGGGUAGCAUACAUUGUACUGUGAGCUAGAUGUAUUGCAGCACUUACUAAUUAUUACAAUGGAGGCAUAUUUUCUUUGUAAAAUUAUAGAUAUAGUUUUUGUGCUGGCAUCAUGAAACGUUAAUAUGUUUUAUAAAGUAUUCAAUCGUUCUCUACUAAUUUUCAA